AUGCGACCCAACUUCCGUUAUAAACAUCAGCGUCCGUAGUGUGAAGACCAAAAGGGGGAAGAUAAUGGCGAUUAAUGUGGUUUUGUACGGUUGUAACCCACUUAUAGGAAGUGACAUCAGCUAAAAGGGCUUUUAAUGCACUUGUAAUACGGUUAGUUGGGUGGAAACCUGAAGCUGCCUGUGUCUUAAUCUGACGAAUGUGUAAUCAGUGUGCCUCUCUCCCAAAAUGAGCCGGGACACUCCCAUCCACAGCUGGACGGGCUCCUACUACAUCAACAGCGAGAAGCGAUGGGAAAAUGGCACCCUGUCCAUCACCAGAACCACGGUCCGCUUUGUCUCCAAUCAGACCAAGCAGAGCCUCGUCAGCUUCCGCCUCUCCCGCAUCGUGGAGAUCAAGAUGGAGUCGUCCAGCUUCAUCUUCAGCACUCUCACGGUGCUGGAGGAGGGCAACGUGAAGCACUGGUUUGGUUCCCUGAAGCCCAACAGGGUGGUGGUUUUUAAUGUGAUGGAACAUUUCUGGAGAGAUCUCCUCCUGCAGCCGAGCUCAGGGGCCCGCGGGGCUGAGUCUCGGCCCUCGAAGGGCAGAGAGCUGAUCGGCCUGGUGGCAGGGGCCCAGAGGAGACUGGAGGACACUGGCACAGUCCUCAGCCACCAGGGAGAGCAGUUUGAUAACAUGAUGCAGGGACUGGAGAAGAUCGACUCUGACCUGGGCGUGGCUGACAAACUUCUGUUAGAGCUGGAGUCUCCCCCCUGGUGGCCUUUUGGUAAACUCCCCUGGAAGACUCAGCAGGAAGCCAAGGCUGAGGACGCAGCGAGAGCCGCCACGUCUGCUGCUGCUUCAGCCAGCAGGGAGUCUGGUAGAAAUAAGGUGAUCUCAAGCAUCCCAGCUGUAGUGUCCAAAGGUGGAGACUCAGACUUGAAACCAGGCUGCUUGUUGGUGCUGGUGUCCUCGUUGGAGGUGCGAGACACAAACUGCCAGCUCAUCCAUCGCUUUGAACGAAAUGAAAUCGAUGAAAUCAGGGUGACGAGCCCUUACGAGAUCUCAGUGAGACAGCGGUUCAUCGGGAAGCCAGAUAUAUGCUACAGGUUCCUGUCUGCCAAGAUGCUUGAAGCAUUGUCGGUGCUAGAGAUUCAGUACAAGAAGAAGAUUGCGUUCACAAGCGAAUACACUGCUUUCCAGGCAACUCCACUGUCAUCUCCAUGUGGCAGAGAAGGGACAAGCUAUGGUGAAGGUUUGUUGCAGAUGUGCCAAGACACAGAGCUCCCACUGGAGGUCCCGGCAGGAGAGCUGUCCCAGUUGCAGGUGCAUGUCCUCCAUUCAUCUGUCAGUCAGGCUGAGGCCCAAGAGCUCAAACAGAUGCUGAUGCAGCUGAAAACCCUUGCCCUGGAGGCAGAGACGGAGCUGGAACGGCAGGAUGAAUCUCUGGACGUCCUCACCAGCUCCACAGACCGAGCCACCAUGCACAUAGAUAAGCACACUUGCCGUAUGAAAAGACUGCUGUAGCUCUGAAAGCCCAGCUGAUGCACGUGGUCACGACGUCCCUCCUGAGAAAUGCACUGUAAGCUUCCUCAUUGUCCUCGUGGGAUUGGUACAUUUAGAGAACAUAACAGAACAACAGCAGGGACACGAACAUGCUCUAUAAUAGUUCAUUAUAUCCUUGUUGCAUUUGAUCGUACAAUUGCAGGAUGCAGUAGUGUUCGCUUAACACUUAACAGUAAUCAACCAAAUCCCUGAAAUUUUUUUACUUUAAGUGAAAGUAAGUUAUUUAUAGGCUUUGUGGGCUCGUACAUUUGUUCGAUUUUUAUCUGUGAUCUGCCUUUUAAAUGUGUGUCUUGCAGCACUUAGCAGCUGUGGGUCUCUUGGUUUAUUUUCCCUGGAGAGGAAGAUGUGCUCUGAAGUUGACCAGUAGUUGUUGGAGUUUCAUGAUAAUUGGCACUUGCUCACCAGAAGAGGAAGAAGUACAAUGUUCAGUAAUUGUGUUUAUGGCCUGGUUCGGUGUAUUGAACCCCAUUGGCAAUGUUCGGGGUGGGAAGCCAGUGAGAGAUCGUGACAGGACAAGCCUGAAUCCUCAGUGCCUGUCAGUGGAGCUGGCAAGUGGGAAAAAAAAAAAAGCUGAUGACUGUGUGUAUCAGACACACAACACUUUACACCCUCCCCAGACCCAGUGGGAGUAAUCAAUGACAGCAAAUACAGGAAAGGACAAAAUUGACAUUGGAAAGCAAAGAAUGAAAUAACUUGCUAAUUUAUUCUCUCUGCACAAAGGAAUUCAAAAGAAAUUGCAUGUUUACGUAACUAUAAGAAAAACAUAAGAGAGACGGAAACAUGAUGAAAUAGGAUUUUUUAUGAAAUAAAAAUGACAAAUAAUAAUCGAACAGAUAAUGUUUGCUCAUAUCAUCAGAGGAGUUUCUGCUUUUCUGUUGUAUCGCUAUCCUAACUUUUUUAAAGACGGAUUUCUGUCCUGAUGAGAUGUCUUUCAGGUCCAGAAUCCCUGUGACUUAAUGUUGCAUGUCUGAAUAUUACUGCUUUGUUCUGCAUUAAGUGGAAAUGUCUCUUCAUUAUCAACAAGACUGUAAAUGCGCAAGUAGCUUCUGGGAUUCGUUGAAGCAGAACAGAAACACUCCCUCUCUUAGUUUUUACAAUAUUGUACAUGAAAUUAAAUACACACAUCGAUGCUAAGGUCCAUAUCUACUGUAUAUGCUUUGCUUAUAAGACUGAUAAUACUCUAAUUCCUUAUAUGUAAUGAACUGACAUCUUGUAAUUCUGUAAUUUCACUGUAGUCUGUUAUCACUUUGAACUUGUAAUUAGCUCUUAGUUUAAUUGAAGUAUCUGUACCAUGUUUGAAAUAUGGUAUUGGGGCUGUAUGGAUGCGACUUCAUGCUGAUGAUGCCAAAUUAAUCUUGACACUGUAACAUAACUAAAUUAUUGACUACAAGGGAAAAAAGUACACCUGCAUCUUUUUUAUUACAAAGAAAACACUAAAGGAAGUAGACACUGUAAGUCUUUGGAAUUCAUUCAUUUUAUCAGCUAAGAAGUUGUCACCAUUCAAAGUCUGUAAUAACAAACAAUUUAAAAUAAAAUAAAGUCUCAAAUGAUCAUACUUAA